GUAGCUGGCGCUAAUAUGAAUUCGGAGGUGCAUACCUGUAACUGUUUUGCUCCUUGUCCCUGAGCGCUCAAAAAGCUGAUGUUGGCGCUUUUCUUCCUCUCUCAUCGCCCCAUCUUUUCUCUUUUUCUGGACUGAGCAGUCAGAGUCGCAUUCAGGCUCCAAUAGCAUGGCAGUUGACAACAAGAUGAGGAACAACCUUCGUCCGCUCCUGUGGGUGCAUUGCUAUCUAAUGCUCGUGGCCGGCCUUCCCUACUGCAGGCUGGCAGUCAAGAUGACACAAUGACAUCUUACGUUGUCAUGUCUCAUCCUCUUGAUCACGCACAUGGCGCUACUGAGAGCGAACCCUUACGGGCUAGCAUGCCGCCAUCCUGGGGGCUAUCAAGUCCUUUGGACUCUCCCACUGACCCUCCGGACUCUGCAUUAAAUUCGGAUUCGGGGACAUCUCCUGUCCCUCCACAUGGUUCUAUUCCCUUCUCCGGCCCAUUUCAGAGCGCCCGAAAUCCAUCUGUCGCUAACCUACCGUCGCCGCCUCCCCCUCAGCUGAGUCAGAUACUCCACGGCAGCCCAUUCUAUUUUCACGGGCUGCCUCAGAAUACUUCAAACAUUUCUGGAGCGCCGGUCUCGCCGACAUUCGAUGCUUAUCUCACGCCGGAGCCUUCUCACAGUUUUCCCCAGGAUACAUCGAAACAGAAAGUCUCGGAUACACCUAUUGGGUCAAUGCUUUAUGGACACGCACCUUCGCUUGAUACUCCCCAAGCUAUUCCAUCAGCAGCACCAAACCAUGUUGAGCUUUUGAAAAUAAAGUCUGGAGUAAGGACAGUCCAGGACGAUUACGAACAAAAAUACCCAGAAGAUUCUCCUGGAUCGGAAUGUGAUCCCACAGCCAGGAUCUGGCGGAUAUUCGCUGAUGAAUGCCAAGCCUACGAUAAGGGGAAAAUUGAGGUUCUUCGGGACAACGUCGACGUCCUUUUGGUGUUUGCUGGUUUAUUUUCUGCGGUAGUGACCACCUUCGUGGCGCAGACAUCCCAAAGCUUGCAGGUCGAUUACUCAGAGAUGUCUGCCUUCUUGCUUUAUGAAAUGGUUAAUAUCCAACGUGCCAUCGCUAGCGGCGUCGCGGUCGACUCCGUCUCUGCUUCACCAUUGAACCCCACAACUAUCUUCAUUCCGUCCGCUUCUGACCGUUAUGUCAAUGGCUUAUGGUUCACGAGCCUUUCCUUGAGUUUAGUCACAGCUCUCGUCGCGGUUCUCGCCAAGCAAUGGAUACGACAGUAUAUGUUAGCAUCAUCAGAGACUCCACGAGAUCGGUGCAGGAUUCGGCAAUUUCGUUAUACCGGUUUUCAAGAUUGGCACGUCCCGAUCAUUAUCGGAAUCCUUCCAUUCCUGUUGCACAUUGCGCUUGCCAUCUUCCUCGCAGGGUUGGUCGUCUUCCUCCUGGAUUUGGAACAGUCGACCGCGUAUGUUCUUUUGGUGAUCACGGGAGGCUCAUACGCUCUGUAUCUUGCAGCCCUACUGAUGCCUCUUUUCUUCCCGGGAUGUCCUUAUCAAACUUCAUUGACGGAUCUCUUCUUUGUCGCCCACAAGAAAAUUCUCGGAUGGACAUCUAUGGCUCGCUAUAAGCUGCGUCCACCCUCCAUUCAAGAAUGGGAGCUCCAGACUAUCAAAAACCAAUGCGACGACUUGGAUGUUCACUCCCUUCGUUGGUUAUACGAUAUGUCUUCCAAUCCCGUGAUUCAUAGAUGUAUCAUACAAUGCAUUGGCGGGCUUCAGCCCAGCAUUAAACCUGACGUGUUGCAUACUGCGUUCGAAGGUACCGGAAUCGAGGAGAGAAACUGGGAGAUUUUGCAAGAAUGCUUAGAACCUCACAGCUACCCAGGGUAUUCUGCUGUAAUAAAUGGCAUGGAAACACAAUUAGAGCGCCUUCUUCGUAGCCGUCUCCGCUUUUCAGCGGAGGUACCACGCAGUCAUCCUUCCACUAUCCCACGCCUACUCUUGACGCUUACUCCGGAUAGUCAGUUAUCCUUCGAAAUAACAACAAUGACUGCCACCAUCGCAUGUCAAGACGAUGAGCUCCGUCCCAGAAAUCAUCCAACCGGUGCCGACGUCUUUCUCUACCUCACCCGACAGGCCGAUACUGAAAAUAUUCUUCUUCAUCCAUCCUUGUGGAGAUCUCUGUUUUCAAAUGUGAUUUCCCGUCGCUCCCUCGCUCUAGAUUCAUUCCACAAUUCCGAAUUUGAACCAUUCUGUUACAAGUUCAUGGAAACACUUACACGACAGAAAUUAUCAUGGAAUCCUGCUCAACCACAGGAUGACGGUACUCGCAGAAUGUCCCUUCAAGACGCUUUACGGUUCGGACUUUAUGACGACAUCGAAACCCACUUGUUGGACGUGCUUGCCAAAUUUGAUGGAUUGAGCGAGCCAGGGAGUUUCGACGACCACCCCCAUGAAUCUGAGAUUUCACGGCGUAUUCGCCUACUUUUGGCUAUUACCAACUACGCCCUUUCCACACAAUCAUUCCGUGCAGUUCGAUGGGAUGAUCCGUCCCUCAUACAGCAUCACUGUUUUGGCAUGGUUUUUUUCGCAUUGAGAGAGCUCCGGAUACAUCUCACAGACUAUGCAAUGCUGUCGUUCCGCGAAAGCGCUGCAAUUUAUUCCAUCAUCUGUCCACUUGUAACAUCUCAAUCAUUCGCAAGUAAAGAGAAAUGUCCGUCUCCUAUACUGUGGAUGAUUCGUUCCGAUGUAAUACGAAUACUGGUACGCAUUAUAAUCCCCGAAAGUUCAAAUCUGGAGCCUAGCAUGUCUUGGGGGAUCUUACCUCCGGAGUGGAGCAAUGUCAGAGACGUGAUUUGUGGACUGACAUUGAAUCCAAACACCCGUGGUAACUGGUUGAUGGACAACUAUGUGCCAGCGAACUGUGUCAUCGAUGCAGGAACUCUCUUGGAACAUAACAUGGAUAAUGAUGAUGCCACUGCGGUAGAAACAUUCACAACUCUUGACGUGCUCCAAUUCGCCGAGCAGACUAUGUUCAUCUAUCCCUGGUGCCGUGUCAUCCAGGCCUACAUCUCAGCAAUCUGUCGUAUGCUUGACCGGAGAAGAUCAAAGACUUCCCACCCAGCUCGAAUUCCCACUCCCGUCGAUGCAUAUAUUGAUUAUAUUCAUUGUCCUCAAAAUCUUUAUACUAUCUGUGCCAUACUUGGCGGGCGACUUUCGAAAUGUACCGAAAAGGGCGGCACUGGAGGUGCUCAAAAAACCUUAAAUGCGCUUGCAGGUCUUCGUCCUCAGGAUCCAGCUUGGUCUCUGUGCAUAGUCAAGUUGGAACGCCUUUUCAAAAAUCAGCAGUACAUAUCGGAACAGCAAUUCUUCUCGCUACACGACGCGCAGUGGAGGCCAUAUGACAUGCGCGAGGUGCAGCACAUUAUGAUUCGGCUCGAAAUUUCCGUCGCAAAGUUGAAACAAGUCGUUGAAUAUUCUGUCCCGGCGCCGGACGACGCGGUGUUUGCUGAGGAUCUCCAACCUAGCACAAUCACCGAUGAUUCUCCCAUGGCAUACAUUCCCGAUGAUUCCGACGAAUAUGCAAGUCAGCCGAGUGCUCUUGACACACCUGACUCGGAGUUGUUGUCCGUGUAAAAAAUUGUUUGACGUAUGGCACUGAUUCACGGUGAGAAGACGCUCAAAUAUUCCAGUAAUUAUGGCCUUGCGAACAAUCCACGAAAAUUUAGCCCCUCGUUUUCGACGUCUUGAGGAUCAGAGGUUUGAAAUUUUCAGGGAAUGAGGUUGCUGGGAAAUACAAGUGACGUGCGCAGCGUAACAUGAGAGACAGCUGACUGACAUACCCAAAAUUUUGGUUUCUACGCUUCUUUUUUCAGUAAUCCCUAUGCAGGGAAUACUUAACUCGGG